AUGGCAAAAGCUGCAGCAAUUCUGUUCAUAGCUAUGAUUGCUAUGGCAAUGAGCGUGGGCCCUGUAAUGGGUUGCGGAAGCCAUAAGUGUGGUCCCUCAGGAGGUGGCUCUUCUGGAACUCCAUCGACCGGCAGAUGUCCAGUGAAUGCAUUGAAGCUUGGAACCUGUGUUGAUGUACUCAGCGGCUGGGCACACGUUCACCUUGGAGAUCCUGUCGUGAACCAGUGCUGCCCUCUUUUGCAAGGAAUUGCAGAGUUAGAGGCAGCACUCUGCUUUUGUACAACCAUAAGGGCUAAGGUCCUCAAUCUCAACAUCGUCCUUCCGGUGGCUCUUGAACUUUUUGUUCAGUGUGGAUUGACUCCUCCCCCAGGCUUCAAAUGUCCCCCUCUUAACUAA